GCCUGAUCGCAUCCUACACGCUUGACAUGCAUUUGUAAAGUAUCUAAGGGCUCCUAUGUAUCGUCGAACAGGGGGACAUGACUCUCGCAUCCAAUUGCUGCCAAUCUUUUCACUCACUGAGGCGGUGCAGGUGCAGCUUGCGAUUGCCCGCUCUUCGGGAAGUUCCUGAUUUUUUUGUGCCUUAAUCAUUUGACCCCAAGGCGUUGCCUGAACUGGCAGUUUCUCUUCUACUCACUUAUUGCUUUCAACUCCUUUCAAUAUGGCGUCGUCACAGAGCUAUCACCGGCUAUACUCUACUGGAAAAGAGGAUGACUCGGAGCAUGAGGAACUCAAUAGUGGUCCAUCGAUCUACCACCAGAACCAUCAGAAGGUCCAAAUUAUGAUCAUUGCACUUCUCGUUGUCUCAAAUGUUACCUUCGCCGGUCUCUGGCUCGCGUCCUGGAUGCACCGCGCACAUCUGAAAUCGUCGGAUUGUGUGCGGCCUCAAUUGACAUAUUCUCCAGCUACUAGCGCUAUUCGGUACGAGAAGAAGCGCCUUUGGCGAGAUAUUGACGGACCUAACCCCUUUACUGGCAAGCCUCGGCCAGAGUUCGACCAAGCAUGGCGAGAUAUCAUAGCGCCCAUCACUAUAAAAGUUUCCGAUAGCGAGCUUGCGCGUUUUAGCGAGGGCGACAGCACGAUCGCGUUUAAAGAUGGCUCUGGAUACAUUGCCGAGAUGGCAGUAUACCACGAAUUACAUUGUAUUAAACGCGUGAGGCGCCAUCUGAACCUUAAUCUUUACUACCCAAACUUGACGGAAGUAGACCGCCAGAAGGAAGAUGCACACAUCGACCACUGCCUUGAAUACUGGAGAGAAUCUGCCAUGUGUCGAGGUGAUACCACUCUGGGAACUUUCUUCUGGAGAGAUGGAGUGCCGACUUCAAGAGUGUAUACAGACAAUGAGUGCGUCGAUUGGUAUGCGCUCGAUCAUUGGGCGAGGCAAAGGAUGGUUAAUAUGACAGACUAUUCCCAAUUUAAAAGGGAUGGCUGAGCUGAUAUAUAAGGAUUAACCCCACUGUACUUCGAACAGAAAUUAAUACCAGUCAAGAAGUUAUUAAACGAAGUACAUCUAACA